GCAUGGUUGCACUUUUAGUUUUGAUUAACGAGGUUUGUUGUCGGAUACGAGGUCACUGCAGUAGCAGACGGCACGCGCGCCAUCUCGUGUCCUUGCAUGACUCCAAAGCAGCCGGUUGAAGAUGUAUAAGCAGGUCAUGACAUUGCAGCAGGUGUCUCGGCGGAUGCUGAGCACCACUGCUAACAAGCAGGUGAUUAAUCGGGUGCCCCAGAAGCAGAAGUUGUUUCAGGAGGACAAUGGUAUUCCAAUUCACCUGAAGGGUGGUGUGACAGAUGCAAUCCUCUACAGGGCCACGAUGGGAUUGACUAUCUUGGGAACAGGAUAUGUCAUCUAUGAACUGGUAAAUGCAGCCCUUCCCAAGAAGAAGGACUAACUCGUGCAUCUUGGUCUCUUCAGCACCCCUCCACUUGUUGUACAAAACAUUUUCAGGGAGUUCACUUAUUCUGUAAUAAUGGUAUCCAUGUCAACUUGUAAAUUAUUAACUUGUGUCUUACCUGAGGACAAUAAAACCAGCCUCCCUUGAA